AGUGUUGUGCGCAGGUGCAAUGGUAUAUGGAGCACUGACCCUGUAUCCGAACGCUUGAGAGCUUUUGUGGUGCAGCGGGAAAGUCGUCCCCAGUCCAACAGGUGUAUGAGUCAAUCCGAAGUUCGAGUCUCGAUGGGGACAGUGAAAUAUCGAAUGCUGCUGUCGCGAAGGCUCGGGGUCACAGGCAUGGGUCGACGAUAGAUCUCCAUGUAGACCUCAGGAAGCUAGGCGCAGUGUUGAUAGACGCAAAGCUAUGAUCCGAGAGGGGAUAUAGAAUCAGGUGAAGUGUUGUGCGCAGGUGCAAUGGUAUAUGGAGCACUGACCCUGUAUCCGAAUGCUUGAGAGCUUUUGUGUCCAACAGGUGCAUGAGUCAAUCCGAAGUUCGAGUCUCGAUGGGGACAGUGAAAUAUCGAAUGCUGCUGUCGCGAAGGCUCGGGGUCACAGGCAUGGGUCGACGAUAGAUCUCCAUGUAGACCUCAGGAAGCUAGGCGCAGUGUUGAUAGACGCAAAGCUAUGAUCCGAGAGGGGAUAUAGAAUCAGGUGAAGUGUUGUGCGCAGGUGCAAUGGUAUAUGGAGCACUGACCCUGUAUCCAAACGCUUGAGAGCUUUUGUGGUGCAGCGGGAAAGUCGUCCCCAGUCCAACA